AUGUUUCUCCAACGCGCCGUCCGGACGCAAUGGCACGUCUCCAAGAGCAUGGCUCGCCUGGCCGCAGCGAGAGCUGCUGGCGUCUACCCCUCCAGACAAUUCCACGACACACGGCACCUACGGGUUGUGAAGCCUGUCCUGCUGGCAGACAUUGGAGAAGGCAUCGUGGAGUGCGAAAUCAUACAGUGGUUCGUCGAGCCCGGCGCCCGAGUCGAGGAAUUCUCCCCGCUGUGCGAGGUCCAGAGUGACAAGGCGUCAGUAGAGAUCACCAGCCGCUUCUCGGGAGUCGUCAAGAAGUUGCACUACGAUGCCGGCGACAUGGCCAAGGUCGGCAAGCCUUUUGUCGACAUUGACAUCCAAGGCGGGGCUAAGGAGGACCUGGAUGCGCUGACGGCCCCAACGGAAGCGGCACAGGAGAAGCCUUCACCAAAAAAAGCAGAUCUUCCUGUACAGCCCAAGUCGCAGCAAGAAGAAGAAACAAAAGAGCAAACGAAACGAGAGCCAGAAGCGGUGUCUCGGGAUGCUACUAGUGCAGAGGAUACCCCGCGGCCAAAGGGCACCCAUGCCUCGCUGGCUACACCGGCGGUGCGGCACCUUACCAAGACUCUAAAUGUAGACAUUGCCGAAAUCAACGGCACGGGGAGAGACGGGAGGGUUCUAAAAGAGGACGUACAAAACUUUGUCAAGCGCCGCGACUCCGGCGACAAGCCGGCGGCAGCGGCGGGGGCGUCGACUCCAUCAUCGGGCCCGGCUCCGCCUUCCGGCGCCGAAUCCACUGCACAGCUCGAGACCCGCGUUCCGCUCACAAACACGCAACAGCAAAUGUUCAAGUCCAUGACCCGCUCCCUCGCUAUCCCCCACUUCCUCUACGCCGACGAGAUCGACUUCUCCAACCUCGUCCAGCUGCGCACCCGCCUCAACCGCGUCCUCGCGACGUCCCCCGAGGUGGGCGGCGGCGAGACCGGCGUCGCAAAACUCUCCUACCUCCCCUUCAUCAUCAAAGCCGUAUCCAUGGCGCUCUACCAAUUCCCUAUUUUGAAUGCGCGCGUCGAUCUAGACCCCUCAUCGUCGUCCUCGAAGCCGUCCCUCGUCAUGCGCAGCCAACACAAUAUCGGCGUCGCAAUGGACACCCCCGCCGGCCUUCUGGUGCCGGUGAUUCGCAAUGUCGGGUCCCUCAACAUCCUCUCCAUCGCCUCGGAGUUGAAUCGCUUGCAAAAGGCGGCUUUUGCGGGCAAGCUUGCGCCGGCUGAUAUGAAGGGCGGGACCAUCACCGUCUCCAACAUUGGCAACAUUGGCGGCACCUACCUCUCGCCCGUCAUCGUCGACAAGGAAGUCGCGAUCCUCGGCAUCGGCCGCAUGCGCGCUGUGCCGGCGUUUGAGGGGGAGGACUCGGACAGGGUGGUGAGGAAGCACGUUACCAACUUUAGCUGGAGCGCGGACCAUCGCGUGGUGGACGGCGCGACCAUGGCCCGGGCCGCGGAGGUUGUGCGGCGGGUUGUGGAGGAGCCCGACGUCAUGGUCAUGCAUCUGAGGUGA